AUGAAUAUUUAAUUGAAAGACAUAUUAACAGCUUAUGAAGCAGAACAUUAUAUUGAAAGUCUUUAAAUAUUUGAAAUUACUGAAUUAGGAUGUAAAAAGUAAUAAUAUUUAUAAUAAUUAGAUGGUUUACAUAAGAUGAGAUUUUAUAAAAAUUAAAUUUCUAAGCACACAUAAAUGCAAUUACUAGAUCAGAUGAAUUCAUUAUGGAAGCCUUUUGUACUUUCGAUAAAAUCAAACCAUAAAUUUAUGAUUUAAUAAUGACAGAAAUGUGGAAAUAAUAUGUAUUUCCUUAUUUGAAAUCUCAUUUUACUGAAUUGACAUCAAUUAGAUCUUAUAGAAUACUUUAACAUGAAGCUAUUGUCUGA